UCCCCCCCCCCCCCCCCCCAAGGAGCAGAUGCGAUGCGAAGGCGAUGUCACGGCCCGCCACCCCCGCUCGCUGCCCGACGCGCGUAUGGCGACGUGCUCAGGGUGCAGCCGCGGCCAUCUACACCAUCCAGUACCUCUGAUCAGAUAGACGACUAUUCCUCUCUCCUGCUCGUUGGGAACGGGCUCAUGGCGGCGUUGCGAUGCGGGGAUGGCUGCUGCGGCGGGAGUUUGAGUAAUGGGGUCCUUCGAUUCGUGAUGACCGUUGGCCGCCGGAUCACUCCAGCACCACCACGCCGCGGCUCAGACGACCUCGCCGCCGUCGCGACGCACGGACGACCCAUCCCCCUCCCGCGGGUGAGGUGCCGGUUGGCGACCGGCGACCUCCCAGCCUGCGGACCGACGGCGGCUCCCUUGCCCCAGCCCGACAGCAGCGACAGCGGCGAGCUCCCACCCGGCGGGUCGACGGCGGUUAGAUUCUUCGACAGCCAGCGCAAGUGGCGCCCCACACCCGGCCACCUCCCUGGGAGGCUCGACUGACACCGGCGCUCCGACCUCGCCUCCACGA